AUGAUUUCCAGACGGAAACAAGAAGACGUCAUUCUGAUCGAGGAGACUCCAUUUCUGUCCAGAACGCGCCCUCCAGCACUUGCAGCUGCCGUCGACCUCACGCCUGGGGAUGAUCUUCCCAGUAUUUCAGAUGUCUUCGCAGGACGAAGUCGACGACCGGCAUUGAGCAAGACAACAAGCGAUAUAGAGGUAACCAGCAGCACUACAAUCGAAACCGAAACAGUAACGGCCUACACGCAGAGAAAGUCAGCUGAUCUCAUCAUCCUAUCGUCGUCUCCGGUCCUGGCACCACAGUUAAUACGGAAAAGAAAGCGGUUGCCUGCUCAUGAGAUUGAUCUCAGCUCUCCGAUAGAGCGGGGAGCUCCUUUACCGCGACUGAGAUUAACGAAGUCCAAGUCGGACGUCACUCCAGUUGUUCACCUCGAAACCUCAGCGGCACUGAUUCGAUUGCCUCCGAAAAUUGAUGAUAGAACUCUGUCUAUGCUUGCCGCAUUGGACAACUAUAGCGCGGAUAUUGCGAAGGAGUCAUCGGAAAAAAACAAGAAGGAGAACGUGGAUAUACUUGGAAGUGGAUCAAAGGUCAUAGAGAAGGAUAUUCAGGAAACCACUAACAAACCCAAGGCAAAACCGCGGAAGGUCCUGAGUGAGGAAGAAAAGAGGACACAAGAGGAAGCCAAAACUGCGGAAAAGGAACGAAAAGAAGAAGAGAAAAGGCAAAAGCUGCUCGACAAACAGCGAGAGAAAGAAGCUAAGGCUGCGGAGAAGGCACAAAAGGAAGCUGAGAAGAGGAAAGAUCAAGAGCUAGUCGCUCUAAACAGACUCAAAACUUCGAAGAAGGACUGUACACCUGAAAUGAUAGUCGACAUUGACGGACACCUGCUUGGUACCGCUCUUGGUCAGCAUUUGCGCUCGUUCCUUGAACCGCUAUCCGUGGAGCACACAGAGUGGGAGAGCCCAACAGCGAACACAAUCAGAUGGCGUCGAAAAGUCAGCUCAAGAUAUGAUGAAAGCGCCGGAUACUUCGUUCCAAUACCACCAGAGAUACAAACAGAAAAUCGCGUCCUGUGCUUCAUGAAAGCCAAAGAACUUGCCGAUCUCGUGGGCGCUGACGGCGCAGGCCUUGAUACCCAUGCGAUUCUUCUUAAGUCGACAUUCCCUUCCGCGCGACCGAUAUACAUGAUUGAAGGUCUAGCAGCUCUCUUCAGGCGAAUGAAGACGGCGAAGAAUAGGCAGUACACCGCCGCUGUGCGAAAUGCGCUGCUUGAAGAGGAAGGUGACCCGGCACCAUCACAGUCGAGACGGAAGCAAAAAGAAGUAGAGGAGGUUGAUGAGGAGCUAGUCGAAGAAGCUCUGAUAUCGCUGCAGAUCACGCAUGAGUGCUUGAUUGUCCAUACGACUGCGCCUGCAGACAGCGCUGAGUGGAUUGCGAUCUUGACUUCGGAUAUCGCCACGAUUCCUUACAAGACUACUCGACAGAAUCUCAGCACAUCCUUCUGCGUUGAUGUUGGCCAGGUUAAGACUGGCAUCGACAUUAAAGAUACGUUUUCGAAAAUGUUACAGGAGGUCCAGCGAGUUACGCCGCAGGUUGCUGCCGGAGUUAUGCAGAAGUAUCCGUCUUUGCCAGAGUUACUGGAGGGAUUCAAGAAAAAGGGUCCUGAGGCUCUUGCCAAUGUGCCAAUCGGUGCAACGAAGACCGGUGCUUUAUCCAGCAGGACCAUCGGUGUAGCAUUGUCGAAGAAGAUACAUAACGUGUUCACAAACCGUGACCCGGCUGUGGAUGCUUUCUAA